AUGUAUAGUAUUAGUUACAUACCGUAUACUUUUGCUAUGCCUGAGAUUGUUAUGAAACGCAGCAUUAAAAAGAUAACGGUUACUUUUUUGAUUGUGAAGUGCAUACAAUAUAUUUUAGUAUAUUUAACGCCGACCCAAUUUGACACAUCAACGCGCCUAUUCUUAGCAAAAUACCAAUCCUCGUAUAAUCUUAAGUGGUAUCAUAAGUUACUCUCGUGGGACUCCGUUUAUUUCAUCAAGAUUGCAAUACAUGCCAUAGAGAAUGAAAACUUUGAUACUCGUUUAGUUAACCCUGAGUUCGAACAUGAAUGGGUUUUUUCACCAUUUGCUUGGGCUGCAGCAUUGAGAUACAUGAAAGCUCCCGGACUGAAACAAUUAGAUGCCUUGAUUGACAGCCUAUUGUGGAGGGGAUGUAUUUUAAAUUUGGUUUUACAUUACGUAUCUGUUUGGAUCCUAUACGCGCUAACGUUACAAACGUUUCCAAAAAAUCAUGACUUAGCGCUUAAAACAGCUUUGCUUUUCAUCAUUAGCAGUGCAGCGGGCUUUCUGAUUGCACCCUAUUCCGAACCUACUUCAUUUACGCUUUCUUUUACUGGGAUGCUUCUACGGGAGUACGCUUUGGACUACAACGUAUAUGGAUUGAUUGCACUAAAAAAAAAUCGAUGGGUACCAUAUUUGCUUUCUUCUUUAAUGUUCUCCCUUGCGACUGUUAAUAGGUCUAAUUGUAUUAUACUCGGGAUAUACUACUUGUGUGAUCUCUUUAAGCUACUCAGACAACGCAAUUACCUCGUUGCAUUCUGGUUUCCGAUUAUGGCCGGUUUGCUAAUGUUGACUACUUUCUUUUAUAAUCACUAUCUUCUUCCUUAUAAGGCUUUCUGCUCCCAAGAUAGUCAGUGGUGCUCUGAGAAUAGAUUCGGAAUACCGUUUCCUACUAACCUUUUUUAUUCAUACCUUCAAGCUAAAUACUGGAAUGUUGGGUUUCUAAACUAUUGGUCGGUAAACAAUAUCCCUAACUUUAUCAUAGCCCUUCCGAACAUUGUUUUAAUAUGGUACUCCACAAUAUAUUUUUCAUACCAAUAUCCCUUAGAAAGUUUGAGGCCUCUAGUAUAUAUUACUAGAGUGUUUUUGUUAAUUCUGGUAGUAUUUGUUCAUGUUCAAAUAGUUAACAGGGUUUUCUCAUUUAUUCCAUUACACCUCUGGUACUUAUCUGAUAGACUAAUAAAAACAAAGGGGGAUGCCAAAGGCGACGAUAAACUGGUCUACUAUUAUGUUCAUUGGCUCAUUUUCUGGGUUCCUUUACAAACAGUUUUAUUUGCUGCAUUCUUACCCCCGGCAUAG